ACAAAGGGAAGCAAAGUUGAUUUGCAGCAGUUGAUUUAGUUUUUUAAUACUUCGUUAUUUACAGUGUUAUGUGUUAUGAUAUUAAUACAUUUUUGAAAGUUAUUUGGACAAAUAGACUAAUAUUCUUAACUCGCUUGGCGUUCGCGUUUUAAUGAGAGGUAUAUAUUGGUCACGUGAUUUAUUCUGUGAGUAAAAUGGCGGACUCGCUCCAAAAUUCAACAUGGUCGCUAUAAAUAGACAGCCGAAAUCUCGGUAGGCAAAACAGUAUCACCAGCCUAGAUGCUAUGAAUGACACUGUUGAAUGUUUGAGUUUUAAGUCUUAGCAUAGAUUUCACCUUAAACGAUGAAGCGAGGACGUGGGAGAGGAUCAAAACUUUCAAUUGGCUCCCGGGACGCGACACCAGUAAGUAAGCGCUCGAAAACACAGGCAAGCAGUGCAAGUGCAAGCCCUGGAAGUUCGAGAUCCAGCACCCCAGUAGGUGCUUCUUCAGUUGCUAGCCAACGUGCUGACCGUCGAGAAAGUAGACGAGUUGCGGCAAGAAAAACUAAAGAGCUUAUCCAUAAAGUUGUUUUAGAUUCCCAGCCAAAAAAGAAGGCAAAAACAAAGAACACAAAAGGGAAAGGGAAAUCAUCAAAGGGACCAAAAUCCAAAAUUGUUUAUGAUGAUGAGAGUGAAGAUGAAAAUUAUGAAGAUCUUGAAACACUGGAGUCUGACUUUGAGGAGUCUGAUGAAGUGAACUCAAAUCAGUCAGACUCAGAUGCUGCAAGUGAAGCCUGGGAUGAAAGUAGCUUAAGUUCUGGAGGUAGCUCACCAUCUUCCGGUCGCAGAAAAUAUCGACACUCUAGAAAUGUAUCUCCACUAAUUUGGUUAGACUCUCAGGAGGUAAAACCACUUGAAUUGCCAGAAACAUCUGAUGACCUAAUCUUGCCAAGAGAUCUUAUUCUCGAUGCGCUGUCAGUUUAUGAGGUGUUGCGGCAUUUUUUUCAGCAACUUCGUCUGUCUCCGUUUCGAUUUGAGGAUUUUUGCGCUGCACUUGCAAGUGAAGAACAAUGUGUUCUCCUCGCUGAAACACAUAUGGCCUUGCUUAAAAACCUAAUGAAGGAGGAGGAAGCGAAUGGCACUACAUUUGGACCGCAGGAUGUCAAAGACAGUAUAAACGUACAGUUCAAUUUCCUUGAUGCCAUGACAUGGCCAGAAUUGGUGCGUAGCUAUAUAGAAUGCGAUGUUGAAUUUCUGCCAAUAUUAACAUCUUUCACUGAUCAGUACCCAUUUCAUCCGCCAAAAGACAAAAUUAAAGUUCUUAAGUUUCUUACUGAUCAGUUUUUGGCAACCAAUAAAGUUCGGGAGGAAAUUAUAAGUGAGGGCGCUAUAACAUAUGAUGAUCACUGUCGAUCAUGUCAUAGACUUGGGGAUUUAAUAUGUUGUGAGACAUGUUCAGCUGUAUAUCAUCUGCAGUGCGUUGAUCCAAAUAUGACGGAGGUACCGGAUGAAGACUGGUUGUGUGAGGUCUGUUUAGCGCACAAAGUUCCAGGUGUUUAUGAUUGUUUAUCAGAUAUUGAAAAAAGUGGAAUGCUUAUACGUCAAGAACCCCUUGGCUUUGACCGGCUUGGAAGAAAGUACUUUUUCCUUUGCAGAAGAAUUUUUGUUGAAUCGGAAACAGAUUGCUGGUACUACAGUAGUAAGGUGCAAAUUGAUGCCUUGAUGCGGUGCUUGGAUCCUUAUGAAUAUGAGGCUAACUUGUGCUCCGUAUUGACGGAUUGUAUGCCGGAGAUUCUGGAGCAUGUGCAGAUCACGGAAGAACUCACCAACAAGGCAAGAGGAAGUGCUAAAUCAUAUUUAGAUGAUUCAAAUGCUAAAAUAUUAGUAGCACUAGAAGAGCAAAAGAGAGCUGAAGAGGAGAAACGGCAGCAGGAACAGGAAGAAAAAUUGAAGAAAGCAGAGGAGAAAGAAAAAUGCUUGAAAAAAGAAACUGAUCAUCUUACAGACAACACUGAUGACCAAGUGUCUAAAGAACCUGAACCUUCCUCAGAAAAACCAGAAGAUGAUACACAAGGUAGCACCAUCACAAAAGAACAACCACCAGGACAACCUGAUCUUGUAACAAAACAUCCAGAAAUGACUGGUGACAAACAAGGACAAGUGAGUAAAGAUUCAAAUUUAAUAGCUGUAGAAGAAAUGGAGACCCAAGAAAUAUUUUCCACAACCACUACCACCACUACAACUACUACAACCGUUGAGACCAAGGAAUCUAUGUCAUCUUCACAAGAGUUGCAACAGACUUCAGAAGAAGUUGUGAUGUCGGAAACUACUACACAGACAAGUAACAUUACAACCUCAUCGACUACAACUGUGUCUACUGAUGGUAUUGAAGUAAAAGACAUCGAGUCUAGCCCGCAAUUAACAGAGAACAUAAGUGAAGAAUCACAAGAAAAGAAUAAUGAAGUUACAGACUUGCAAGAAGGGAAUUCUGGGGAAACAAAGGGUUAUAACAAGGAUUCAGAUUCAUUGAAUGAAAGUGGGUUGAAAAAAAGAACCAUUGUUGUCAUGAACAUUGAUGGCUCACAGAGUACCUAUACAAUUGAGGAGAAUGCAGAAGACAGCAAAUCUAAUGACGUAACGGCCAAGAAAAACUCUAUCAUGACACGUUCCAGGAAUCCUAAUUACAAACCACCACCACCAAAAUCUACACCUUUCGUGACAUAUUCAACAAAUAUCCCUAAAAUUACCAAAUCAGCACCCACUAAUCAGAAAACUAAUAAGGAAGACUCUUCGGUGCUUGUUAUCAACUCCAAGGGAGAGAUAAAGAAAGUUGAAAAUAAGAAGGAUAACAACACUAAGUCCUCAAAUGGGCCAGUUACACGUUCUGCAGAUAAACUCUUUAAACUUGGUCUGGAAGGCACCUACAAGUUAUAUAAGAAUCAAUUCACAUGUAACCGUCUUGCUCUCAACAAGCCUCAGCAUGCUGAAGAUCGAGACAAACGUAGGUACCUUUCCUAUAAAUUCUCUUUGUCAGCGAACAAUAAGUUUGACUGGAUGGGUUCGGUUUUCGGCCAGAGAAACAUCCUGGUAACUACACAUCGGAUGACCCUAACCAGUUUAGAGAGAAACAUUCCUAAAUGUUUCAUGCAUCACAAUUGGCAGACCCAUCGUAACAACUGGGUGAAAGCAGUAAAUCUCUGCUCAAAGCCAAAAGAAUUCUGCCUAGCACUCUCUAUCCUAGAAUGCGCAGUUAAACCAGUGUUCUUCAACCUGGUUUGGAAUGAAGGUCUAGGCCACAGCAGAAUGCGGCGCAUGACCGUCAUGGAGAGAGAGGAGGGGAAGAAACAUGAGAAGAAAAGAAAGGAUGAAGAAGAAGAUUCUCAGAAACUAGGCUACUGGGUGAAAUACUCCUUCCCGGUGAAGCAUCAGAUCUGGAAACAAAAAGGUGAGGAAUACAGAGCAGUAGGUGGUAAGGGCUGGCAUUGGAUCAGUUCAACCAAGCGAUGUCGUCCCUUGCCCAACCCAAGUCCAGCACUCCAGUGUCUUAGGAAGAGCAUAGAAAGGGCAAAAGCCAAUGGCACAUUUGAUCUGCCUGACUACAGAGAAAAAACACUAGAAAUCCGGGAUCUCAGUAAGGUUAUAGAGGCCAAGAAGCAAAAGAUUGCUUCUGAAGUACAAGCAUCAAGCGAAGAAGAAACUGAAGAGAUGGAAACUGAAGAAAACAGUGAAGUGGAAAGCAAAAUUCCAGAAAAUGAACUGACAGUUGAAAAUCAAAAUACACAGAUUGAUAAUGAACCAGUAGUUAAAAAUAUUGAAUCUGGAGAAAAUGAUAUAAGUGAACUGCCAACAAAAUUAAUUAUAGAAAAAAAUAAAAUUCAAUCUGAGGCAAUAAAAGAAACAUUACCAGAUGCUACAGAUAUAAAAGUUGAAUUGAAGGAACCAGCUGUUGAUUAUGACAUCAAGACAGAGAAAAUUGAUGCACCAAGAAAAGCGAACAAAAAGUCUAAAUCAGAAAACAAGUUUGCAGCCCUGAGGUUUAAUGAAUUGGAUAUAUGUCGGGCAAUGAGAGAGCAUGUUGUAUACAGAAAGAUCUCUUGGAGAUCUAAACUUGAGGGUUUGUUAGAACAUCGCGAGAAGCAACAUGCCAUUGACAAUGAAGCAUAUGAGUCAGAUUUACGAAAAUAUACCAUUUAUAAAAGAGCUCUUGCUGAGAGAACUCGUCUGGAAAAUCUACUCCGAGAAGGAGAAGCAGCCAUGGAAAAUGAUGAUUUUGAGUCAGUCAUUCGUAAUGCAGAAGAAACUGUCCAACUCUCUAGUGAAAAAGAGAUUUUGAAAAAGCCUGCCAGCACUGGAGAACUCCAAGCAGAGUUUAAAACUUUGCCAUUAGGGAAAUCUGCGGAAUCUGUAGUAAAACUAUCACCACAUAAAACUUUAGCAAAUACAGAUAUCAAAGCAGAAUUUAAAACAAUGCCUCCACUUGCUCUUAUUUCUCAAAAAACAUCCCCAUCAUUGGCCAAUGCAAAGAGUAUUUUAAUUGGUAAAAGCAACUCCAGUGCAUGUGAACAGAUAGCUAUUAAACCUGCAACCUCAGCCCCAACCUUCCAAGCAGCAUAUGUUAAUUGUCUCCAAAAUACUAGUCAGUCACUCAAAGAAGUAGCAUGUUUGUCAGGAAAAGAGAAAUUGGCAUCAUCAAUAGGUGUAAAGACUUCCGAAAAACAAUUAAAUAUUUCUCAAUUGGGAUCUGAUUCACUUGAGAAAGAAUCUCAAUCAAUAGAUACAGAAGAUUCUGUUACUUCUAAAAGUGAUGCAAUGCACAAUUGUGCUAUAGGUUUUGAAAAACCAGCAACCAAUCAACUCUCCGAUACUGAAGAAUUGACACCCCAGUUAACACCCUCAGAAGAUGUCAAGAAAUCAGACAGUGCAAAACUCGCUGCUGAGAAAUCACCUAGCGGUGCAGAGGACAAGCCACUUCAAGACCUAGUUACAGAAGCAAUGGAAACAUCUGACUGUGUUGAAAGUAGUGCAGAGAACAUGCAAUAUCACAAUUUAGGUACCGAAGCAAUAGAUGCAACUGGCCUGGUUGAAAGCAGUACACAAGACAAUACUGUAGUUUCUGAAGAAUUGUCACAUCAGUUGACACCCUCAGAGGAAGAUGUUGAGAAAAAAUCCCCUAUGGUAGCAUCUGUACAUGAAGUCUUGCCAGAAGAUAAAAUCCAACAAAAUAUAACAAGGCAAGCAACAACUCUGGAAGUUGAAAGCACUGCAAAGGACAUGUUAGCUCAGGAUUUAGUUACAGAUGAAAUGGAAUUAACUGGAUUGGUUGAAAGCAUUGAAAAUGACAAGCCACAUCAGGAUUUAGUUACAGAAGCCAUGGAAGCAUCUGACUUGGUUGGGAGCAGUGCGGAGGACAGACCACAUCAGGAUCAAGUUACAGAUGCAAUGGAAACAUCUGACUGUGUUGAAAGAAGUGCAGAUAACAUGCAAUAUCAUGAUUUAGGUACAGAAACGCAAGAAGCAUUUGUUCAGGUUAAUAGCAGUACAAACUGCAAUACUUUAGUUUCUGAAGAAUUGGCAAAUUGGUUAACACCCUCAAACGAUGUCGAGAAAUCAGAGGGUGCAAACCCCAUUGAGAAUUCACCUAUAGUUGGACCUGUACAUCUUUCUGAAGUCUUACCAGAAGAUACAAUCCAACAAAAAGUAACAAGGCAAGCAUCAACUGUAGAAGUUGAAAGCACUGCAAAGGACAUGACAGCUCAGAAUUUAGUUACAGAUGAAAUGAAAUUAACUGAAUUGGCUGAAAGCAUUGGAAAUAAUGAGCCACUUCAAGAUUUAGUAACAGUAGCAAUGGAAACAUCUGGCUUGGUUGAUAGCAGUGCAGAAAACUUGCCAUGUCAAGAUUUAGGUACAGAGGCAUUGGAAACAACUGACCUGAUUGAAAGCAGUGCUAAGAACAUACCUUCUCAGGAUUCACUUAAAGAGGCAAUGGAAACGGAUACAUUUCAAAAUUCUGUUUCUCUUCCAUCGUUAGAUAAUGGGCCUGUUGAUCAUGAAAUUGAGAUCCCAUAUCCAGAAAACGUGUUAGUCACUAAUGAAAAAACUACAUUAUUGUCUACCUUUGCUGGGGAGGAUUUGGAAAAAAGGACUAAAAACUUAGAUAUAGAAGAAACUGCGACACUUGUAAAAGAUGAGUGUAUGAUACCUGUCAAUGAUAAAUGUGAAAAUAGUGACCUUACUUCUGACCUCAAAAAGCAGAAUGAUAAACUUACUCAUUUGUCAGAGGAUACAACCUCUGAAAACUUGGAUGAACAAUGUGUUUUUAACAAUACUGUGGUCAAUAGUCACUUGGAAGAACAUUUGCAGCUUGAACCAGAUGUUGGGACCAAAAGUAUAACUGAGAAAAGCGAAAAGCACCGUCAAGCUAUAGAAAGCGAUGCAGCAGCAGUCACUGGAAACAAGAUUACAUUAAAUUGUGUGGAGGAAAAUUUUUAUCAGAAUCUUAAACAAGCUCCUGGACAAAACAGUGUUGUGUUAACAACUGAGAAUGACAUACCUGCACCCCAUUCCAUAGGUACAGCUGGUGAACCAUCAACAUUAGUUGCAGAUGCAGCUAAGAUUUCUACCAUCACAGGAGAAACUAAGGAAAUUGCAUUGCCAAAUCCUGUUACUCCAAGUAUCACCAGUGGACAUGAAUAUCCAGUAACAGAAAUUCCAGCAUUAAACACAUCUAACAGAGAAGCCAUUUCUUACGAUUCAACAACACCUAAUCCUGCGAAAGAGUUAACAGAAUCGAUUACACCAGUUGGUUCAAGUAACUUAAGUGGCCAUUCACCUCAACCUUCAGUAUCAAAUACAUCCAUCAUAGUUUCUCCAUCCUCUAAUUCGACAGAUCCUAUUGGUUUCUCAAUAAAUGCAUCCAAUGCUUUAUCAGCUUUAUCAGCAGUGGCAGCAAAAGAAUUUAAAGCAGCAAAUUUAACAGAAACAUCUGUAAAAGACAAUUGCAUGAAAGAUUCCAUAACAAAGCAGACUGUUGCAGAGAGCUUGAGUAAUAGCAUAGUAACAGUGUCAACCAGCUCUGUAACAAUUAAAACAACCACUACAACUACAUUGUCAACUAAAAUCACCACAGUAACCACAACUACAGAGGAGAAGAAUGUCCUGACUGAGACAAGCUCACAGAGUAUAUCUGUGAAGAAGAAAUAUUCUCAAGAGACUUUGAAAUCUUUGGCUAAAAAGCUUAGUGAGACAUUGAUAGUUCCAGUCUCACCUCCAAUUGAGUAUCACACAUACCAGACUACCUCAUUGACCAAAUACUCCAAAACUAAGAAGGCAGUUAAGAAAGUGACUAAUCCAUUACCAAUAUGCCGCAAGUUCUCAACUAAGAGUAAUCGAAAAAGUGUCCUUGUACUUCCCCCUCAUAUACUAAAAAAAUUGGCCCGCCAUGCAGGGAGAUUUGAUGUUGAAGGAUUUAUUUACAACACUAAGGCUGUGCGGCAGUAUCAUUGGCCUUAUCCCUGUCCCAGGCCAUCUUUUAAAACGUGUUGGCGAUACAGGGUGCAGACACUGAACUCAUUGGCGUCUGUCGGUCUGUCACUGCGGGUUCUUUGGGCAUCACUUCGAUGGGAAGACCUUGGGAGAACAGGCAGUCAUCAUGAAACAACCGAAACGGAGAAUAUAAAAACUGAUAUUCUUAAAAAGCGCGAAGUUGGACAUAAUGGUGAAAGGACAGAGUACUUGAUCCGCAAGACGUAUACUCCCAUUGUGGAAGACCUCCCCAAAGAAUAUCACAAGCCACAGCGAUCUGGCCUACGCUCAAGUUCAGCCCCUGCCAAAACACUUGAUGACGAAAAACCAAAAGGCCCUCUUGUGACAGAACAUUGGAUACCAGAAGAAAGCUUAGAAUUAUGGGAAAUUCAAGAGUUCAGUGACAGGGUGGAGAAGGAACAUCAAGCCCAGUUGCAAGCAAAACAACAAGAGAUCUUAAAAGAAAAACAAAAAGCAAAACAACAUCAGGAUGCACAAAUCAACAAGACUGCUCAAGCCAUUAAGGAACAGCUGGAACAACAGCUGAAGACGCAAAAGCAAGCCAUGCAGCAGAAACGUCUGCAGAGUAACACCCAGCCAGGGAAGGUGCAGUUUGCGAACACCUUGGCAUUACCAAUGGCAGAUCAAACAGGGCUUCCCAAGGUGGCAGUCAAUGCAGCAGCAAGCAAGAUACUAAGUAAGAAAAAUGUACCAACAUCCCAGCAGAAGGUUGUCAGUGUUACAAGUGGUUUGCCUGUACAUGGAUUAAGAACAAUUACACCCCGUCUACCACGCACUCCAGGUGUUAAAAUCCAAACAGUCAACCCAGCUCCACUGCAGCGCAUCACAUUCAGACCCCAGGCACAGGUAGCACAGACGAUGCAGCAACCGGUCACACAGACCCUAGGCCAGAUCAAACUGACCCUCCCUGGUCAGUCUGGCGCAACAACACCAACAAUAAUCCGAGCUCAAGUCCCUGUACCACUCACAGCUGCGCAAGCACAGUCUACAGGUCAAACCCAGGUCAUGGGUCAAGCACAGAUAUUUGCAUCCCAAGCCCAGGUACUGCAGGUUGGAGGUCAAAAGUUUAUUGUGACCCCGGCCGUGGUGACUGUCCCAACGACACUGCAGACCAUACCAGCCCAACUGAUUCAAACACAAACAGCCCAAGGAACUACUGUGCAAAGGCUUGUACUCACUCCAAAUGCUACAGGAGCAACGACAAGUACUGCAAGUAGUAGCACUACGACGACGACAACGACGACCCCACCACAAGUGCCUCAGAUCAAUCUCAACACCACGCUGACAGCCCUCCAGCAAGCGGUGCCGGCGUCCUCCAGCCAGCAGACCCAGCAGCAACAGAAACAGCAGAUUAUACAGAACCAGCAGCAGAUCCAGCAGCAGCAGAACCUCCUGCAGGUCUUCAGGCAGAAACAGAUGGAGCAGAUGCAGCAGAUAGCAUCCAUGCAAUCGCAGGACAAGCCCCAACAGUCGACUACCCUCUUUGAUCCAAAACGGUCGCUAGUUAAGAUUGGCAAGGAGAGGAGCAAGACGCUGACAGCACAGGAAAAGGCUGAUCAUGCAAGGGAACUUGUUUGUAAAUCUCUGAUAAAAGGAAUGCUUGAUAAGAUCGAAAAGACGGAAAAGAUGGAUCUGAAGCGCAAACGCCAGGAUGAAUUCCGCGAAGAGAAACGUGAGGAAAAGCGUAUUCGAUUGAUGGCGCACAAGCUCAGUUCGAUCCUCUACAAACACAAGGAUCAGCUGAAGAACGAGAUGAGAAGGAAACGCUAUCUCCUUGAACAGAAGUUAUUACAUGAUGUACAGGAGGAGGCGAAGCAAGAAGUUCGACGCGAGAAGGAAAUGGCUCGGAAGAGAAAGCAGCAGCAACAACAAAAACAACAACUGCAACAACAGCAACAGCAGCAACAAGUACAGCAACAGUUACAGGAACAACAGCUAUUUGAUGCUGUUGACCAGCCUAUACCUGUAGCACUGCAUAAAGCCCAACCAGUAGAAAUUAAGUAUACACCUGAGGUACCGGUUGAAAAUGUAGUGGAAAAACCGAAGGACACGUCGCGCUCGCCAACAACUCCAAAGAGGAGACGGACAGAUUCCACAAAAUCGGAACCUAAGCAAGAGAAAGCAAACAAAUCAACUGCAGCAAAAGCUCAGAAAACACAAGAAAAGGAAGUGAAGAAGAAAUCAAAUGAUAAACUGUAUUGUAUUUGCAAGACGCCAUAUGACGCCUCAAAGUUUUACAUUGGUUGUGAUGUUUGUCUAAACUGGUUCCAUGGAGAGUGUAUCAACAUAUCGCCAGACGAGGCUCAGAACAUUAAGGACUUUAUUUGCAACGACUGCCAAUUGCAAAAACAAGAACAGGACGAUGAGUUGUACUGUCUAUGUCGCACCCCGUACGACGACUCACAGUUCUACAUUGGGUGUGAUCUUUGCAAUGAUUGGUUUCAUGGUCAGUGUGUUGGAAUUGGACAGGAAGAAGCUGAAGCUAUUGACAGCUAUGUAUGUAAGAAAUGCCAGUCUAAGCAGUCCCAGAAGGCACUGGAUAAAAAUCUGACGCACCGCGAUAUGGAUCAUCUACGAAAAAUUGUUCGCCAAAUGCAGAGUCAUAAAAUGGCAUGGCCUUUCUUAGAACCAGUGAGUAGAGAUGAAGUUCCUGAUUAUUAUGAAAUCAUUAAGGAGCCUAUGGUUUAUCUGGGUAUGACAGUCUCACUUGGUGACCAUAAGAACAUGUGUUGGCGGGCCUAUGACCUUUCAACUGUCGAAACCAAACUAAAAAAGAAAAAGUACCAGAAAUUGAGCGAGUUUUCAUACGAUGUUGGAAAGGUGUUUGAUAACUGUCGAUUGUACAACCCUAGCGACUCUCCAUUCUACCAGUGUGCAGACAUUCUUGAGAAGUUCUUUGUCCACAAGAUGAAGUCUUUUAAACAUUAA